CAAACCAAAUUCAGCCGAAGAAAUACCUGUCUAUACAGAAUCCAACAACAAAUCACCCAAAUAUUUAAGCAUCUCUGAUCUUUUACUAUGGGCAAUAUUUGCGAAUAGAAAGGAACUGGCUGAAAUAUGUUGGCUUAGAGGGACGGACCAUCUCUUGACUGGACUAGUUUGUGCAGCAGUCUUGGGGAAACUUUCUAAAAAGGCUGGCAAUGUUAAGGAACAGGUCUUGUCGAAUGAUCUAGAGAAACAUUCAAAGUUAUUCGAACAACGCUGUCUAAGGAUGAUGGACAGUAUGUACGAGGAGGAUACCAAACAAGCCAUUAAAUUAAUGGAUGAUGAGGCAAAUGUUUGGGGAAUAAACUCAAGUCCAUUAACAUUUGCUUAUGAAAAUGUAAUGUAUGAUGUAGUAGCUCACACGUGCUCCCAAAAGUUCAUGAACAAGCAGUGGUACAACAAGUUGGCCCCUGACCUUGUUCCUUUCUUAAAGUCUGCAAUCCACAAACGUAAGAAGUUUCUUUCUGCACCAUUGACAAAAUACGUAGUCAAUUACAUGCUGUUUUUUUCAAUGCUUGUUAUGUACAGUGCAUUUGUACUUACAAGUGUUGACACCGAAUACUACGUGCAGGAUAUCGCCAAAAUUUAUGAAUACUACGUGUAUUUCUGGGGUGUUGGGGAUCUGAUUGAAGAACUUAUCAGCUGUUUCGGCUGUCUUGAAGCACAUGGUCGUUCCCACAGGAGCAAUUAUUCCCGGAUAAAGAGAUACCUUUAUGACUUCUGGAAUCUAGUGGAUCUGCUGUCAUAUGCUUUGCUCGUAUCGGCGCUGUUUGUACGUCAUUUUUAUAUUGAUGAAAAUUUUGUCAUCGCCAGACGCAUGUUUGCCCUUUCCCUACUGGUCAUGUAUCUAAGAUUCUUGGAAGUGUUUUUAAUCCAUCGAACACUGGGACCUACACUUAUUAUGAUCAAGGAGAUGCUGAAAGAUCUUCUUAGUUUCCUGAUUUUAGCCGUCUUUGUUGUAUUGGGUGUUGGGAUCUACUACCAUGCUAACUUAUGGCCAGACCAUCAAACAAUAUGGAACGGAGAUUGGACCGAUUGGAGAAUUUGGAAAAUAAUAUACUAUCCAUACUGGCAGCUAUACGGGGAAUUAAAUCUUGAAACCCUUGAGGGUACUGGACCAAAAAACUGCACCCUUGUAAAAUCUGAAUGGGAGGCUGACUCUUCCGUAGAACGAUGUCCCGAUCAAGACUGGACAGUCCUGGCUGUGGCUGCCAUUUAUCUUUUGUUUUCCAACCUCCUUUUGGUCAAUCUAGUAAUUGCCAUGUUUAGCUACACAUUUGAGAGAGUACAGGAGAACUCAGAAAAGCUAUGGCGGUUUCAGAGAUAUACAGUCAUUAAUGAUUAUGACUGGAGAAUCCCCUCUCCCCUCAACAUCGCAUUUCUUCCCUACCGUCUACUUUGCUGUCCAACAAGGACUGAUUGCUGUUUACAUUGGUGCAAAAAACAAUGCAACAAGAAGAACCAUGAUGAAAAAAUGAAGAAAAGAGAGAAGAAAUUGAUUUUCCGGAGAAACUUUCAGAAAAUAAUAGCAUUUAGAAAUCACAACAAAGUGUAAACAAAAUGUGUUUGUUUUAUUACUUGACAUAUUGUAUAAUUUUUAUACUGUCGAAAAACUAGAAGUAAUGUUUAAGCAAUCAAAACAAUAUUACAAUGUUUGGAGAAAAAUGGUGUUUAACAAUUUGUCUUAUUAGAGUACCUUGUUUUGCCUUUUUUUAUUAACCCAUAGAUUGCGUGAGGUAUAUUGUGGCGUAUGUGUUAACAUCUUUUUCUGUGAUUUAUGCUGGACAUUGAUCUCGCGUUGAUAUAGUUGAAACUCUAUCGACUUUCGAAAGUUUGAAAGUUUUGCAGAACCAUUUAGUAUAAUCAUACUAUGUACCACAUGCUAAGUGUUAAUCUAUGAAUUUUUUUUUAAAAAUAUAAAGCUAUUCAAUUUUAGAUGAUAAUUAGCCGUAAAAAAGAUAUAAGAUAUUCUAUGUGACAUUUGUUUAUUGGUUUCUUGUGAUUAUCAGUUUAUCAAAUCUGAGUGUUAAUGACCUCAAUGCGGCUUCAAUUGAUAAAAAAAAAUGAUGACGACGUCUAAAAUUGUUGAAAAAUACAUAAUCUUGACUACUUAUACGGUCAAAUAAUUCGCUGAAAUGUGCUUUGUUUAUUUGUCUUAAAAGAAAAGUAAUGGUAAAUGACUUGUAUA